AUGGCGUUGAUUUUGAUGCUGCUUUGUUCGUCUAUGGUGGCUUCCUUUGCUUUCAAACAACUUUUCACAACAGAUAUUGCUGAAUUUCAAGAAAGUGAGCAUAGGGAGAAGUAUGGUAAAAAUGGCGUUGUAAUCCCAAUGCGCAUAGUUAGUAGACUUGGUGGCGGAGGAGGAUCGGGCGGAGGAGGAUCCGGCGGAGGAGGUCGUGGUGGCGGUGGAGGAGGAUCGUCAGGAGGAGGUAGUGGUGGCAGAGGAGGAUCCCCAGGAGGAGGUAGUGGUGGCGGAGGAGGAGGUCGUGGUGGGAGAGGAGGAGCUCACUCUGGCACAGGAAAUUGGCAUCAGAACUCCAUGAGGUUCAUAGUAGCUGGAGUUUCCUCAUCAGUUGCGUAUUUAUUUAGACUUAUUUGA